AUGAGGCUUCGAUUUUGCACCAAGAACACUUUAAUUUUAAUUGUACUCGAUGAAGAAGAAAAAAUAGGCCCAGAAAUUCAGCCCAUACAAAAGAAGAAAGCAAAGAAAAAUCUUAAGAAGGAAAGAAAUGCAGCCAUUCAGAUCCAAGCCUGGUGGCGGGGCACCCUGGUCCGCCGGGCCCUGCUGCACGCCGCCCUCAGGGCUUGGGUCAUUCAAUGCUGGUGGAGGCUGAUUCUCCUGAGGAUGCUGGAGAAGAAGCGGCGGGAGAACCUCAUUUCCUACGCCAGCCAGGAGAGGGCGAUAGUGAAGCUCCAGUCUCUGGUCCGCAUGUGGCGCGUGCACUGGAGAUACUGCCAGGUGCUCAACGCCAUCUAUGUCAUCCGAGGUCACUGGCAAUGCCACAAUUGCCAGAUGUGUUCUUUCCUCCGUGCUCACUGCGUGAUCACCUCCACCCACUUGCAGUUCCACAUCGAGAUCGUCAACAACUAA